AUGUUUCCUGAUUGCAUACGAAAAGCUGAGUGUUCUUGUUUUUGUGCUUCUCAAAGCAAUUUUAUGUGCCUAAACCACAUAUUUUACCACAUAGCUCAAAAUCCAUCUAUUUGUCACAUUUUAGAAGAAUUCUUCAAAAAUUCUGGGCCUCAACCUCCCAGCGAAGAAGAAGCUGAAAUAAAAAGUAAAAUCAGCAUCCUCGCUUACCAAAAAUCAAAUUUACUAAAGCAUACCUACGAAAAAGUAUCAGAAACACUCAAAAUAUUAGAAAAAAAUUUAGACUGCCUUGAUCAAAUGACUAGCAAAUAUUUCCAUAUCUUAGACGAAAAAAAGCCCCCAAAACUUGAAGGAGAGGCCGAAGUUUUAAAUGAGCCAUCAAUUAGAAAUAUUUUUACAUUAUCUGACUCUAUAAAGCAUGAAAUUGCUGAAGUUGUCAGCACUUUUAGAUAUUUUGAUAUCAGAUUUCCCAAAUCACUGAUGAUAACUAACUCGAUUAGUCUAAAGACUUCACAAAAACCGCUAAAUCUUCCAGAAAACAUGUAUUAUGGUAUAAAUACUUGCCUUUUGCCUAAUAAAAGCGUUUUUUGUUUCGAAAACUGUAUUAAUUGGUUUUAUCCUGGGCUUACUUUUAUAUUGGACAGCUCAAAUAAUAUGAAAAUUAUCAAGUCAGGGACGCCUUCCUUUGGAGCUGGGUCUGUAUAUUUGGAUGGCUGCGUUUAUAUAAUCGGUGCCUGGGAUAGUAUCACAGGAACAAAAAUAUAUUGUGAAAAAUAUGACUUAUCCAAUAAAUACUGAACGAAAUUAACACCUACUGAAAAUCCUGGAUAUUGGCACAGCUGCACAGUGUUUUCUCGUAAGAUUUUAUACUCUGGAAAUGACAUUGAUUUAUUUUUAUACGACCAUUUAACUGAUUCCCAUUCAAGUUUAUUGAGUUUUGAUACUUAUAAAUUUAGACACAAAAAUAAAAUUUUGUUUAGUCAUAACGAGAGAGCUUAUAUAGCUAUUACUGAUAAAGAAGUUUACGAAAGCUGUGCGAAUGACCCUUAUAACUGGACAGUCCUAAUAGCAAAUCUUAUGAUCCCUACGAAUGGGCUGAUUAGCUAUAUUACUAUUGUGGAUGAUACUGCUUCGAUGAUAUUUGAAGAUUAUUUUAUUUAUAAAUUGGACUUGAAAGGAAGAAGAACAAGAAGGGUUGUUUUUAUUGAAUAA